AUGGCACACCAGGAGAGGCGCCAGGAGCAACAGAUUGUGAACAGAGAGGACUAUGAAGUGUUUUCUUGGCUCUUCCGUGAAGAAGGGGCGGAUCUUGAGACAAUCCGCUGGUCUUCCUUCACCAGGGCAAUGAGGGGGUUAGGCUUCAUCCAAGAGCAGACCCACGGCUCUGUCAAUCGCUUCAAAGGCCCCAAAAACAACAAUUGGCAGUGGGGGGGAGGUGCCAUAACCUAUCACACCGGAGAGUACACAGACGCGCCCCACGCCCUUGUCAAAGCGAGAGUGUCCGAAGAGGAGAACCUCUGGGCACUUGUUGCAUCUUACGAAGGCGAUCGGGAAGACGUUGGCUUCACGCUUACAGUGUACUCACACCGCAACGCUUCCUGGGUGACCACACCGAACAAGUUCAUCUACUCUCAAGACGUCGAAGCAGCCUUUACGCAAAAGACCGCCGGCGGGAACGACAUCUAUUCUUCCUACUACCUCAACCCUCAGUAUCACUUACGCGUACACCCGCGCGUUGAUAGAGCAUCGCGCGCGAGCAGAGACGCAAAGUCGGCAAUAUCAGUGUUUGUGAGCACGGACAGACAGAUCCCCGUAAACAUCAUGCCCGCUUGGUCUCAAGGCGCCAGGAUCAGCGAAUUAAGUCACAACGAUCUCGCUCUUUCCUCCGGUCCUUACACAUACGGCUAUGCCAAUGCGUCCGGACGCAUACCACCGGGAGACCACUAUAGUCUGGUAGUCUCAGCCUUUGAGCUGCACCACAUCGGCAAGUUCGACCUGAGGGUCGAGUGCUCGGACCGCUUCGACCUCACGCCCAUUCCCCAAGAGGGCGUAGGGAUGUUAAGCAAAGCGGUCCGCGGUGAAUGCACCGGAGAAACAGCGGGCGGCGGACCAAGCUCGAGCUCGUACUCCUCGAAUCCGACUUACGAGCUCCAACUCCCUGACCCGGCCCAGCUCAGAUUCCGCCUGCAGCUAACCGAGCCGUCGCCUCCCGUAGCACUCAACGUCACCGUCUUCAACCUGCCCACGGGGACGGGAGCGCUAGGACGGCACGUCGCGACGUCUGGGCCCUACUGCGACGCCAUCUCGGGAGUGAUCAUCGAGAAGUUGACAUUGCAGGCGGGAAAGUACCUCGUCGUGCCGUCAACGUACAAGGCGGGGGUGCAGGCGGCGUUCAGGUUGAUUAUGUAUAGUACAGUGUCGGGCGUGCAGCUCGUGCCCAGGAAGGAGUAG